UUAAAUAUAACUUUCUUUUUUAACUUUAAAUAUAGAGCUGCUGUAGCACAGGAAUUUCCCCAGUGUGGUGCUAAUAAGGUAAAUCUCAUUUUGUCUUAUGGGGCAUGAAGGCAACACUGGUGACGCUAUGAAGGGAACUCCCAGCUUCUCCGGUCACAAACCUCCUACCCAUGAAACACCGGAGAGGGAUUGAUACCACAUUGCGGUGAUAACCAGCAACCAACAUUUGAAGUUAGGUCCUACAGCAUUUCGACGGCAAGGGGUGCAGUGUGUCGGGAAGAGCUGAUGAAGUGAAGAACGCCACACAAGGCCACUGCUUCACCUACUAUCUAUUGGCCCUCACACAGAGUGACCCUGCUGCCCCACAUCACUUGAAGAGGAGGCUUGGCUCCCUCUGGGUGCAAGAAACACCAUGUGCCAAAACUGGAGAGGACUUACCACUGUCCCAUAGACCGUCAAACCUCUUGUGAACCUUUCCCUCUAGUCUGAGGACCCUCCUAAUUCUCCACACUGCCCACUGGCCAAGAUGAAGAAGGUGGCAGUAUGGUCAGCAGAGGAUGUCUCUGACUGGCUCAGCAAAGAGGGGAUGCUGGAGUACAUGGAUGCCCUGCGUCAGAUGGACGGCCCUGCUCUGCUCAACCUCAACAAGGCAGAUUUCCAGAUGCCUCCCCUCUCGCUGGUGUCGUCUGAUUGCGGGCAGCAGCUGUUGGACCGACUGGAGACGUUGCGGAUAGAGACUCAUAUUGAGGAUCACAAAAACGGGCAUGCAAACGGGCAUGCUGGUGGGCUACCUAACGGAACUAGCAAGCCUCAGAGGAAUGGCACAUUGGGGAUGAAGGACAGGAGAGAGAUGGUCAAAAUCUCCAUUCCUUCAAUAGAAACUACGCGCGCCUCUUUCCCUGCAGAGUGGGGAAAGACGGGCAUAGCAUUUGUCUAUGCGAUUGUGUGCUUUGUUACCACCACUGUUGUCAUUUCAGUGGUCCAUGAAAGAGUACCGCCAAAGGAGCACACCCCACCACUGCCUGAUAAAUUCUUCGACCUGUUUGACAGGGUGGAGUGGGCCUUCUCCAUCUGUGAGAUUAACGGCAUGCUGCUGGUGGGACUCUGGCUGAUACAGUGGAUUCUACUCAAGCACAAGUCCAUUAUAGGCAGACGAUUCUUUUUUAUUGUGGGCACUCUCUAUCUGUACCGGUGUAUUACAAUGUACAUCACCACUCUGCCUGUUCCUGGGAUGCACUUCAAAUGCUCUCCAAAGCUUCUCGGGAACUGGGAGGCACAGGCAAGGAGAAUAAUGAAGAUGAUUGCUGGUGGGGGCCUAUCCAUCACAGGUUCUCACAACAUGUGUGGAGAUUAUCUGUACAGUGGCCACACAGUCAUGUUAACGCUAACGUACCUCUUCAUCAAAGAGUACUCCCCCAAGCGGUUCUGGUGGUACCUGUGGUUUUGUUGGACAUUGAGCGCUGUAGGGAUUUUUUGCAUCCUUCUUGCCCAUGACCACUACACUGUGGAUGUGGUGGUUGCAUACUUUAUUACUACACGCCUCUUUUGGUGGUACCACACUAUGGCUAACCAGCAGUCGCUGAAGGAGACGUCACAGGGUAACCCAUUCUCGCGGGUUUGGUGGUACAGACUGUUCAAAUACUUUGAAGAGAACGUCAACGGCAUGGUCCCUCGCAACUAUCAGCAGCCGUUGUCAUGGCGAUCGUUGCAGUGGAACCGUGGUGUGAAGUACAGCAAACUGGAAAUCCAGUGACCAUAAUGUCACAGCAGCAUAGGACUAUGACUUCCAUAAGUGCUGUUUUUACCCAUGGAACAUGGAGCACUCUUAAAUGUAGCGCUGUCCUCUAGUAACAGUGACAGACACAUCCCUGUCCAAAUGGGUAGCACUGUGACCCACCUAGUAUUUUUUUUUUUUUUGUUGUGUAUAAUUUUUUUUCUUCUUUUCCUCUUUCUCUUAGGUUUUGCCAACACAGAGCACUAAUUUAUAUAUGUUUUGGGUAUUUUCCUCUUUGUUGGGCCACAACAGUUCAUGAAGCAUUUUGACAAACUAAAACUCAAAGAUUUUUCUUUUGGGCCGCGAGGACUCUAAUACUUUUUUUUUUUCCCCUUUCUGCACAAAACCAUAAGUAAUGUUCUUGUCCAACAAGUAUUUCUUCUUUUUCUUUUUAAAUUUUUUUUUUUUUUUAAUAGCAAAUUACUUUUUUUAAACUGUCCUUGCUAAAAUGACACAAAGGUGCAAAAAAUAUUUUUUUUAAGUAUGUCAAACUUUAUUUUUCAAAAACUAAUGAUGUCCAACAAAAUAUUUUUAGAUUUUUACCUUUUUCAACGUGAAUAAUUGAGAGCAUAAGAAUCGAAUGUGGUAUAACAUUAUUACAGUGCCUUUCUUAGCUUGAUUGUAAAACAGUUCAAGUACUAUGUGUCUUGUGUCUCUCUGCCGCGGGUGUGACCACGCUAUGUUACAGGUUGGUACAUAGUUAACAGUCUCGUUCCCAUGAAUGUAAAAACAAUUACGCCAGCCUUACCAGAACAUUGGUGUUCCCAAAAUGAAGUGCAGUGAAAUGUCCUGUUUAUUUAUUACUGCUUUAUGAUGUCAGUUUGUGCUUAGUUUGUUAAUGCUAUUCUAAUAGAAAAUAAUGACUGUUAAUUGUACUUUCAUUUAAAAUGAUAUUUUUACCAAUCUGUCUUUUACCCACCCAAGUCAUGUUCAUAGCCCAAUCACUAACCCUCAAUUGUCUGCUUGUUUUACUUUCCACCUCUACAAUAUUUGCAUCUUACAUCACUGCCUGAUUGGAAAUUGUAGAAGACAUCUAAUACCACUUUCACUUCGUGGGUUCAACCAGGGUUGACUUGUUUUAAAAGGGUUAACCCGCGUUGAUCGACUAGGCUUCACAACCCAGGUCUAGAGGUCGGUUAGACAUGGGCUGAUUUCAGUCUGCACACGACCAGUGUUGCUAACAAUCCGGGCGACACAAAUUGUAGUUGAUUGUCAGUCAUCUCAUCUGAUCAAAAAUGCCAUUAGAAUUUUCCUUCUAUAAACGUGGAUGAGCAGGGUAUAACGGGUUGAUGCGUAGACCAUAAAAGAUAAAGCCAAAACCCCUUGAAUUUCCCCUGGUGGCUGUCAUAAAUACCACCACCUCAGUGUUAGCAGAUGGGACAUGGGCCAAGCUAAAAAAAAAAAAAAAUCUAAAUACACUAUAUCCAAUAAAUUUUCCCAAAUAUUUAUCUCAUUUUAGGUAGUUAUUAUCACACGUAUUGUUGAGUGUUUGUUCAAGCGUUAUUUUCCUGCAUCAUGUAACAGACUGGGAGUUGUAAUUUCACUGUUUGGCCACUGUUCCAAAUGCAUAUCCUGGAGGCCUGCUGUACCCCUUUUGAUGUAUAAUAAAACCUGGAUACAGCGUUCGUGGCGGAGCUGUGUUCAUUACUAUGCAGGUUGCCCAUGGAGCCUUCAUGUAUGCCAUCCAUCUGUAUACAGUCUAUGGAUUCAAUCAAUUGGAACAUACUUUUGCAAGUUUUGUCUAUAAGAGGGCAAAUGCACGAGAAACAUAACUACCUGUGUAGGUAUAUUUAUUUCAACAAACACAAACCUGCAUAAUCAACUAAUAUAAUAAUGGCCUAUACCGUGCGACUUUGGACUCCCUCUGCACCGUGGUUGGUGCUAGACUGAGAACUGCCAGCUAGCUGCACGGCCACUAAAUGAAUCAAAUGUAACAACUUGUUUCAUUCACGCACUCUUGUCACAGCGUAGGAAAGCACAUUGCUAUUGCCAGAUGAGUGACAAUUUAGUUUGGCUCAUUUUCUUUAACCAGCGCAGCAUGAAGGCAUGUUGAGUGGAAUUAGCAAGCUAGCUAACUCGCCAGCCAGCCACAGCUGGCUACUGUCCCUCUGCUCACUGGUUGCUGUUUAUAUAAGCUCCCUCCGAAAACCCAGCUUUAGAACGUAAAACCAAUGCAAGUAAGUGUUUUGUAUAAUUUUCUCAUCCACAGCACCGCCACGUUCUCUUUCCGGUCGCCUGAGACACAGGUCUGCAGCCGGCAGUUCAGUGUGGCUGCUGGCUGGCGCAAAUCUCUUUUGUAAGAAAAGUUGGCAAGCUGACAGCGAAUCUAACUUUACUCUUAUUGUUCUGAAACUUUGUUUUAAAUAGUAAUUUAACUAGCUUACUUCCCUUCUUAUUGCUACCGUUGAGUGUUUGAUGGUCAUAUGUGCUUUAGAAUGUUAUCGCUGUGAAACAAUCAUAAAAUAAGCUUUAAUUUUUCUCGUUUUGCUCUCUCUUCCUCAGUCUGCUCGCCCGAGCUCACACCACAUCACAUCAAACUGCAGGCCUACUGUACAAUAAGCAAUUCAAGUACUAAACACCAGUCCUGGACUGUAUGUGACUUUUCACUGCAUAUGUGCCCAGUUCAAGCACAUGAGGGGGACCAGAUUGGUAUGGGUCAGUCAUAUCUGAAUAUUUGUGACCAUGGAUAAACCUGUGUUGACUGGUUUGAUUUGAAUUGACUAAAGAAAGGUUAAACAUGGGUCAAACAACCCUGGUAGGACCUUGGUCCUUCGUGUGAAAGAGGUAUAAGAUGCAGAGUUCCGUUAUUCUGGAGCUCGAAAUGUCAUUUCUUGCUCAGGAGAUAACAAGACCCUCCAUUUUUCUCCACAUUGAGUCCCAUUUUGAAAUCAGAAUUAUCCUCAUUACUGUAUGGUCUUGUUACCUUUGUGAUGGUAAUAAGAGCUACAGGAAAAUGUUCAAUGUCUGUUUUCUUUUUUGCUUUUCUUUGUAUAACUAUGACUGAAAUGUAAAGAAUAGGUAUUGCACAACUCAUCUAUAGGGAAACAUUUUGUGAAUUGAAACUGAUUAGCUUUGAAGAGAAACUGCACUAAACUUUAGAUUAUACAAAUCCCAGAUAAAUAAUGA